AUGAGAGUGCAAGACCCUGUCAGGACAACAGGUUUUCCUUGCAAACAGUGCGGUUUGGUUUGUCCCAAUAUGCCCAGCCUGCUCGAACACAUGGAUGCUCACUAUCAACAAGAGGAAGAGCGAAAAUUUAGAUGUGAUCAAUGUGGGCGCUGCUAUAGACAUGCUGGCAGUUUAACUAACCACAAAAAGACUCACGAAGUGGGCACUUUUCAGUGCACCAUUUGUGGGAAAGAAAACUCUAAUGCCUCAGCCCUAAAGAGUCAUCUUCGGAAUCACACAUCAUUAAAAAAGUACUCCUGUGAUGAGUGUGGAAAAGCCUUUCGUUUGGCAACUCAGCUGGCCACACAUCAGAGGGUUCAUCUUAACAGGAGAGCAAAGGAGGAGUCUUUUAAGAAGGUAGAUUCAGAUUUUUUUGCACAUGAAACAGAAAAUCAUCAGCCACAUCAACUUGAUGAGCAGUCAGCCAGUGUUGAGAUUCCUCAAGAAAAUAUCCCUUCUGAACACGGGAUGGAAGACGUUUAUAAACCACAAUCUGAAUCCUGUGACGACACAGUAGAUAGACCAUUUAAGUGUGAUUUAUGUGACAAAUCGUACAUACACCAACGCAGCCUGACUAACCAUAAAAAAACUCACCAAGUGGGAACGUUUGAGUGCAGUGUUUGUUUCAAACUUUUUAAUAACAUGGCUGCCCUCUACAGCCAUCAGAGAACUCACAAAGCUAGAAAUGAGACAGAACCCAGUUUGACAGGCGUGUCACAGGCAGCCCCGACUCUGGAUCAAUUCUCACCCCAGAGCCAGGACACUCCGGUCAACUUUUGCCAUCUCUGUCAGGUACUUUUCCCAAAUGAUGAGGAGUUUCAGGAACACAUCCAAAUGCACAACUCUUCUUCUCUUUCAUUUGGGCCCCCAGAUGCUUUAUCAGAAAAGCAAAAUCUUUCAUAUGAUAACAGCGUUUCUUCCCCUGAGUCCAAUUUUUAUUCAUCCCCCGUAAACAAUUUUCCUUCGGCGUCUUCGAUGGAUAAUUCCCUAAGCUUCGAUCUGCCACAGGAAAAGAUCUCAAGUAAUGGUCAUAUGUUCUCGGACUGCUGUGUUGAUCAGAAACCAUUUUCCAACAGCACUCAGGCAGAGCCCCCAGCCACGGACACAAGCGCACACAGCACCGCGUUCAUGCCGGCACAGGACAAUGGCAUUGCGAUGAAAGUUGAAGAAACCUCGACUGUUGAUGCAGACGAGCGGCCUUUCAAGUGUCAGGUCUGCGGCAAAAGCUACCGGCACUCCGGAAGCCUCAUUAAUCACAAAAGGUCCCAUCAGGUGGGGGUCUACGAGUGCUCGGUCUGUAGAAAGAAUUACCCUCACCUGGCCGCUCUCAAAAGCCACCUUCGCCUGCACAAGGCGACGGCGUCGGCCUUCAGCCUCGGCGCAGAGGGAGACUGGCUCUCCCCGGAGCCCCUGACUCUGGACAGCAACCAGCAGAACUGCUCGUCCGCCCAGAAUGAGCAGGACGACGGCGUCCACUCCGGUUUUGGCGUCGAUCAAGAGAGCGGAGCCGAGAGCAGCGAUGGAGCUUUAUUCCAGGAAUGGGUCAGUCAGGACUUCUCCCAGGAUCUGGCCUCUCAUCUACCUCACGACGGACAGCUGGCGCAGCGGCACAUGUGUGCGGACUGCGGUGAGACGUUUGCAGAUAUUGCAGGGAUCAAGUCUCACAGCUGCCCACUGCUACAGCAGCACGACGGGACCAGGAGUGAGUACAGUGACAGUUUUGACUUUCAGGUGAAUGACAUUUGUGCUAUUGAAAAUUCAGAGAACAAUGGGGGGUUCCACAGCCCAAACGGCGGCCCGAGCCAAAGCUUCUUUGAACAGAACUUCCAUGAAAACGUGAGCAGUGCUCAUUUAAAUGCAGGGAGAGAAGAAGAUGCCGAUGAGGAGGAAGAGGAGGAGGACGACGACGGAGACCUUUAUCAGUGCUCCUUAUGUGGCAACAGCUACACCAGCAUGAGGGCUCUCAGGAGCCACCUCCGGGGGCACACGCAGUCCGGCGGAACCCCUGCAAGCUCAGGGCCACCCUCCAUGUCCUCCCAUGAAGAAGUGAAAGACAACGAGUCGGGAGAGAUGAUGAUCUGCAGUGCGUGCGGGGAAAGCUUCGCCAAUAGGCAGGACUUGAUCGCUCAUCAGCUUCUGCACAACAAGGACCAGGUCGACUACGCGAACAGCCACGCCAAAGAAGGAAAAGAGGAAGCCCAGAUCAUCUGCGGCAGCUGUGGCGUCUUCUGCGGGAGCUACGAUCAUCUUGACAACCAUUGUUGCACAGUGGAGAGAAAUGACGAGGCGGCGCACUGUAAAGAGGAGAUAAAUGUCGGCGAUGUCGCCCAGCCUGAGAAGAAGAGCUUCGCAAGAGAAGCCGCCAACGCUGAGGACCGGCAGUACAAGUGUGAGCAGUGUGGGCGGUCCUACAGACAUGCGGGGUCCCUCCUUAACCACAAAAAGUCCCACAAAACAGGUGUGUUCAGAUGUCUCAUCUGCCAGAAACGCUUCUACAACCUGCUGGCCCUAAAGAACCAUCAGAGAUCCCACUUUGAUGUCAAGAGGCACACCUGCCACGAGUGUGGGAAAGCCUUCAAGAUUCAAAAGCAGCUCCUGAUUCACCUCCGAAGGCACAAAGAGAACCAGGCCAAAAUCCAGGAACUCAACAGUCAGAUUCAGGCGCUCAUGCAAAUAAAUGGAACCAAAUCGGAUGGAAGAACUCCAUCCUUGAAUUCAAACGUCGGUCAGCCUCUCGCCUCAGUCGGGCUCCGACAGCGACUGCCGGAAGAGAGAGCAGACAAAAAAACACUGGAGGCCUCGGUUAAAUUGGAGGACGCAAGCGACCAGCGACCUUUCGCCUGUGACCAGUGUGGGCGCACGUAUCGCCAUGCAGGAAGUCUGGUCAACCACAAAAACUCGCACAAGACAGGUGAAUAUUACUGUUCCAUCUGCAACAACACAUACUCCAAUCAGCUGGCCAUGAAGAACCACUUGCGGACCCACUUCUCAUACCAAAAGCACUCCUGCCAAAACUGUGGAAGAGGCUUCAGAGGAAAGAAACAGCUACUGGCUCACGUCUGUACAGACCUCAGAAAGGAUGCGCCCACGGGCAGGAGGGGCUUCAAGUCCAGAGCCUUUAAGUGCAAAGAAUGCAAGCAGUCGUUCCAAACGGUCGACAAGCUAGAAGCACACCUGUGUGAGGGGCCCUCGGACAGGAAGGACUCGCAGUCACGCGAGGAACGUCCGUUCAGAUGCAACAUUUGCAGUCGCAGCUACCGCCACGCCGGCUCGCUGUUGAACCACAAAAACACCCACAAGACGGGACACUUCAGCUGCACCUUCUGCUCCAAGCCCUUCACCAACCCCAUGGCCCUACGCAACCACACGCGCAUCCACACACAGAAGAAGAAGUAUGUGUGCCUCACGUGUGGAAAGGCCUUUCGCCUGGCCAGCAUCCUGCACAACCACCAGAGGGUCCACAAUCGGGUGCUGAGCCACUUCAGCUGCUCCGCCUGUGGGAAAAGCUUCCAGGGACGGUCCGGCCUGAAGAGGCACCGCUGCCACAGAGGUCAGGGCAGCCGGCAGCUGGGAGUCCAGCCCUCAGAGCGGGCAGACAAAUGCUUCAUGUGUGACCUGUGUGGACGCUCCUACCGCCACGCCGGCUCCCUCCUCAACCAUAAGAAAUCGCACUCUGAAAACCUUCACCACUGUACCUUGUGUCUCCAGACGUUCCCCGACCCCGACACUCUGCAGAUACACUCCCAGAUGAGGCGCCACUGCUGCCCCGAGUGCGGCAAGACCUUCUGUCUGGUGGCGCACCUGCAGAGCCACAUGGAGGUGCACUCCAAGGAGCCCGCCGCCGCCGCCGCCACCUGCCAACAGCACCACCACGCGGCCGAUGAGCCCGCGGGGAACGCCGCCCGCUGGGACUCGAGAACGAGCCGGUCCAACAGAGCGGCGCGGGCCCCCAGCCCCGCCCCCCCGCCGCCUCUGUCCCACAUGCCGGACAGCGUGUCCAGCUCGCAUAGCGGCGGCGAGGCCGGCGAGGAGAAGAGCCACGUCUGCGACUACUGCGGCCGCACCUACCGCCACGCCGGCUCGCUGCUCAACCACAAGAACAGCCACAAGACGGGCUCCUUCUUCUGCGCCGUCUGCCAGAAGGAGUUCACCAACCUGAUGGCUCUCAAGAACCACCGGCGCAUCCACACCGAGCCCAAGCGCUACCAGUGCCUGGAGUGCGGCAAGGCCUUCCGCGUGUCCACGCAGCUCAUCUGUCACCGGAGGAUACACACUAAGGAGAAGCCCUUCGCCUGCCUGCUGUGCGACAAGAGCUUCUCCAGCAAGUCCAACCUGCGACACCACCAGAAGAUGCACGAGAACGCCGCCCAGACCUACGACGCCUCCUUCGGACUGGACGCCAAUGCGUUCAUGGACCUGGACAUGGGCUCUUUCCUUUAA